UUAAUACGUACUCCGUCGUUCAAUAUUUUAGUUUGUUAUGGCCAUAGUUAUAGCUUGUUAUCUAUGGUUGUCAAGAUGACCGUAUCUUAGCAACUGUUUAAUCAAUAUUUCAUUGUCAAUAUUCGCGGUGAUUGCCACAAGUAUUUUUAACUAUUUUAAUUAUAUUGUCGUUUAUAGAGUUUAUAGAUUAUAUUAUUUUCUUAUUAAAAUAUGGCUCCAAAAAAAGACAAAAACAAACCGAAAGUUGAAGAUAAAACUGCUGCUGUUACAGAAGUUGAACGGACAUUCUUGGAACUGCAAAUUGCUGAAUGCAACAGGAAAAUUGCAAGACUUCGAACUGCUGUUGACGAGUACGAAGUGAGGAAUGAGGAGCUGCAAAAAGCUUAUGACAAACUCGAUGAAGAUAGAGCAGAUAUCAUUGCCUACUUAAAGAAGACCUUGAAUUUGAAAAACGAAGAAAAUGCCGAGUUAAAAGAAAAAGUUAAAGGUCUGGAAGAAACUCGGGAAAUAGAAACAGCACAGUUCAAAGAAACUGUAACAGAGUUAGAAAGGAAUUUCACGGUAAUGAAAGAUCAAUUGACGUCUGAAAACAAAUUAUUAGCAGGAAAACUCAAUACUUUGGAGGAGUUUAGAGCAAUUCGUGACGACUUAAUGAGAAAAUUUGACAAACAAGAACAGGCCUUUAAAGAUCAAGAAAUGAAAUACAAAAGAAUAAUAUAUGAUGCUGAAAAGAAGUUUGUGAUCGGUAAAGAUAAAUUAAAAAAAGAAAUGGAAGGUCGUCUACUACAAUUAGCUCAGGAUUUUCAAGAUGCAACGGAAUUGAGAAUAGCAGCAUCUACGCAUCGAGUUAUUAGAGAAAACAUUGCAAUUAAUAAUGAAUUGGAUAGUAUUUUGGCUACACAAGCAAAGUUAGCUGAUCAAAAUGAAAAAUAUAAAGAAAGUGAAAGAGUCGCAAAGAUCGCUAUGGAGCUGGCUGAAGAAGAAAGAGAUAAAGCCAUUAAUAAGAAUGUUGUGCAACUCAAGGUUAUUGAUCAGUUAACUGCAGCGUUCCAAAAUAUUAGAAAAGAAAAAGGUUUAUUUGAAAAGAAAAACUAUGAUUUUGAUAUCCAACAAGCCAAAAUUCAAAAACUAGUUAAGGAAAAUGAAAACCUCACUUUGCAAGUACGUAUACUAGAACAAAAUCUACAUGCUCGGAUGUGUGAUCAAAAUAAGGCUUCAAUGGAAGCGACAAAAGUAUUCAAAGAGUGUGCAAAACUAAAGAAAAUAUUACGAGAAGCUGGAAUUGCAGUACAAGCAGCGUUGAAGCUUGACGAGUGGGCCAGCAAAGAUCCUACUAAAGAAAUAAUGGAUAGACAAGCGUUAUUAUCACGUUUGCUUGAUAUAAUUACUCAAUAUCAUGACAUACAACAAGCUGAGUCUAUCGAUACUUUGGCUUCCCUUGGUAGAGUGUACGAAGAAGGUGAUCUUGGCUUUAUACCAAAGACAACGAAAAGAAAGUCAAUAUCUCCUUCUAUAUCGACCAUAUCCAAGGAAACUGUAAAAGCAGAAAAACGAGUAUCAGAAGUUUCAAUGAGCUCAUCGUCCCUUGAGAGUAUUAAAACCAUUCCAAGUAUUAGACUCGUUCCUCCAUCUACUGAACAUCCAGUAACCGAAAAGGAGAGCAUAGCAUCGUUUGUGACAUCAACUAAAUCUAGUGUCAGUUCGAGUGAGACUGAAAUACAAGAAGUACCUGAAAGUGAAAUGAGUAUUAGGCAAAAAUUAGAGGCCAGUAGAUUGGAGAUUCAAAAGUCUAUACUAAAAGAUCUUCAGUAUUCCCAAAUGGCAUUAGAAUCACAGGCAAAGAUGGCCAGCAAAAUUCAUGUUUCCAAAUCUGUAAUAAUAGAAGAGCCUGUUGAAGUUGUUGGAGGGGAACAAAAAGAAGAUGAAGUAGAAGGACAACAGAAAGAAGAUGAAGUAGAAGGAGAACGGAAAGAAGAUAAAGUAGAAGGAGAACAGAAAGAAAGCGAAGUAGAGGGUGAACAGACAGAAGGAUCAAAACUAGAUGAACAGGCUGAGACAAAGGAGAAAGAAGAAAUAGAAGAUGCUGAUAAAAUCCAAGAGUCUACUGAGAGCUAGUUUUAUAAAGAGAGUUUACUUAUCUUUUUUUUAAUCACUUGAUUCGUAAUCAUGUAAUAUUUAUCAAUACAAAUGUAUUUUUUAUCGGUGGUGUUUGAAUUGAAUGUAACUUUUUUAAAUA